AUGUCCAUGUCUGUCGAUGAGAUCCGCAAUGUUGUCCUGUUGUUCAGCAACCCAUCAUGGGGCGGUGUCGGCACCGUGUCGUCCACCGUCAUUCGGAACGUCACGGCCCUGUCUGGCCAUAUGGCAUACUCUUCACGAUAUACAGGCAACACCACGGUGCUCUCCAGCAGGUUCGCCGGCACCACAAAUGGCAUCAUCCAAGGUCUCCUUUAUGUCCCGGAUCUCCCCUACGGCCAUGAAUGCGUAGAAGAAACAGCGCUGCACAUUCCCCCAUCAGUCGUGCGACAAUCCAGCCUUCCUCCCACAAACUACUAUCUUAUUGCCAUUGCGCCGUGGAUCAAUGCUCGAUGCUCACGGGCCUAUUUGGCCUCUGCCCGCACAGCACCGGUUCGAGGGUUUCUGUUCUAUCUCCCUGGCAACUCAACCGAGGCCCCGCCCUCUGCUGAGUCUGAGAUGUGGAACAUUGCGGAGGAGUUUGAAUGGAGGACUCAGAGUGGCUACCCUGUAUAUGCUGUCUCGAGUAUGGCCGGCCAAGUCAUGAUGCAACACCUCAGUCUCUAUUCUGGCAACCUGACCGAAGUGCCGUUUGGAUAUAACAUUUCUACACGCUUCCAGGCCGAAGAAGAGGACUAUGCUCGCAUAUGGACCGAGCUUGUUAUCAGCACGCCCCCCAGUUCCUUCGCUACCUGGCUGUACUUCCUCAUUGUCGUCGGCGUGCUUCUCGCCGUCAUUGUUUCGGCGUCGCUCCUGAUGCACCUUGUUCAGGCCCGUCGGCGUUACUCCCUGCGACAGAGAGUCAUUGCGGGCGAAGUCAACCUGGAAGUCACGGGCAUCAAAAGACUCACAGUGCCGCUGGAGCACAUUCAAAGCUUCCCCCUUUUCACCUACCACUAUGAGCCACCAGAUGCCAGCCCGCCACCUACGUCUCCACGGUCGGCCAAGUCCCCACGAUCGCGGAGCAGGCGGGACAGUCAUGGUCACUCAGAACGAAGGGGUUCCCGAACAACUCGUUCUGUAACCAUUUCGGAAAAGAGUCCGAGUGGGCCGUUCGCAACGGUCACAACAAAUUAUCAACCCUACUGUGAGAUUUGCCUGGAGCCAUACCAAAAUCGAGUCACGAUCAUCAGAGAACUACCAUGCGGCCACAUAUUUCACCCGGGGUGCAUCGAUGAGUUUCUUAACGAGAACAGCUCACUUUGCCCCUUGUGCAAAGCUAGCAUGCUACCUCCCGGCUUCUGCCCCAAGAUCACCAACCACAUGGUGAAACGAGAGCGGGCAAUUCGAAAGAUACGGGGGCAAGUUGACGAUCACGAUGCCGACAACUCCGACGGCGGCAGGUCAGGAGGCUGGACGGCAACCUUUCGAAACAAGAUCUUUCAUGGGGGAAGUCCUACAUCGUCGACUUCGACAGAACUUCAGGUGCGGAGUAAACCUGUUGAAGGCCAACCCACAAUAUCAAUAUCACAGCCCAACCGACCUCCACCACAACCGUCAUCGCAACCGUCAGAUGAGACAGCUCAAUCAUCGGCGGGACCGUUACAGCAAACACCACCGCAGCCGAUACCGCCGCCAGCAUUACCCAAACCAACUGCGUUGGCGCGUGAGAGAAUGAGAGAGCUAGCCGGCAGCGAGCUUGAUGAUGGCGAGGCUGGCUCGUCAAGGUGUAAGUCAAACUUUGCGGACACCAACCAGCAAGGCAGGCAGGAUGUCAAACUGAUGAUUUUCCAGGGCGACGAAUGCGCACCAAGAUAUUUCCCGGUUUUGACUAGGUAG